AUGGCAGCUACUCGCGGUGCAAUUACCAUUGCAAGAGAGAAUAAAUUUGACUUAGGCCCAAAACUCUUCGACGAGCCGUAUUCGAAAGAGCUGCCGAUUUCUCUGGUGUCCGAGGCGAAUGUCGACUCGCGUUAUCUUGGCCAUUUCUUUUCGCACGUCCAGCAAUCUCUCCAUCCAGCUUGUCGCAGAUUCACAGGGGGUGUCUCUCAGCCUCUACACUUGAGAUACGCUAUGUUGUGUCUAUCAGCAUCGAGCUUAUCAAUGCUUGAUACUCCCGUGCAGAGCCGUGUCCUAGCAGCCAGCGAGCGAACAUCGGUGUUCAGCCCGCUUGUCAACCCAGUUCACGACCGCAAUGCCGUAAUGUACAAUGACCUGGCAGUCUGGUACUUACACAGUGCAUACAAAGGAGCUAUUCACGAAAACGCCCCCUCGAUACUUGUAUCCUACAUUUUACUCGCCUUAUACCACCACGCCUCAACCGACCACGAGAAAUUCCGACUCGCAGUGACAGAUUCGGUCAAGUUCGUGAUAGCGAAUAGAGGCGAUAUCCUCAAUGCACCAGGGGGUACAGACGCAUUACAAAUGUGGUUUCGUCUAUGCACAUCACAUCGACCGUCGAAGUCGCCCGCCCUCCUCCUGGAAGGCCAAGGAGUCAGUUCAUCAGCACCAAAUCUCCUUCCGGACGUUACUGAACACUUGUACAUGAGCUGCAUACUUGGAAUGAGUACGGAUGACUUGAUAUACGACAUCCUAAUCAAAACAUUGGAGAUUCGGACAAAGCUAGUGGUGUCUCGCUGUGUUGCGGACUGUCAUGGUGUACCUGAGCAGCCCAGUGAUAUCGGUAUAUUGGCGUACGAGACCCUGAACACGAUGUUGGGUCGGCCUUGCACCCCUGAAGGGUAUGCCGAAGCCAGAAAGGGCUUUUUGCAGAGCUCGCACUUGUUUGAACUGUUGAAUGUUCAAAAGGAACGAUUGGCAGUCUGGCGAUCAAGGCUUCGGGCUGAUCAAUUACCGUGUAAUCUACACUGUCCUCGUGAGACGAAAAGCAAAGAUGUCUCAGCGCCACAGGCAGAUCAAUUUUACACGCACCGCGACACGAUGAACGCACUUUACUGCCGCCUAUGUGAGAUAACCUUCGACGGGACAACCGAAUUCAACGCCUCCUCAAAACCCUCAAUGCCGAAAUAUUGUCGUCCAAUCGAAAACCUAGCAGAUAGUUUCUGCGAAAUCGCCAGCACAGUGAAUCCAGCCAUCUCCAACACAUCCGACGUAUACACUCUCAGCCUCGCCGAGUCCCUGCUCCAACUCGUCCAGCUUUAUCGAUCAGAUAAGAUCUUCACAUUCAUAUUCGACACGCUUUGGCCUCGACUCGAAGCAACAGGCAAGGGCUACGAACACUCGCAUUACCCGACCCACCUGGUCAAACGCAUCGUCGGUCAGAUCGGAGCAUACUGGAAUGACGGCCACACAGUGGAACUCACCUUACCGGCUGUUCCUGAAGAUAUUCCGAAGUAUAAGCUGUUAGACGUCGAUCAAUCGAUUAGUCUCGUUGUAUGUGGGCACACGGAAGACGGAACGAGCUUCAUGGAGAAAAGGCCACUAGCUUGA